UUGACACUUCUAAAGCAAGCGAAUGUGUGGAAUAUAUCUGUUGGUGUCUAUAUAAUUCUACACGACUGUUGUAAAUUGAUUUAAUUAAAAGUUAUUGCUGGAUUUUAGAAUUAUGACUGGUAUAGUAGACUCUAUAGAAAUGCCAAAAUUACCCGAAAAUCAAAAGUCUUUCGCCGGUAUACCAGAGGCUGUAUUUCUGGAAGAAAUUGAUACAUUCAUGGCACAACCGGAAAAUGAGGACAAUUGUGAGAAAGUUCUACAGAGAUUAGAUGAACAACAUAGCAAGUAUAGAUUUAUGGCAUUUAAUCUAGAGGCGCGGCGUCGUAAACUCAAAUCACAGAUUCCAGAUCUUCAGCGUUCUUUAGAGAUGGUGAAUGUGCUAAGGCAAGAAACGGAAGAGCGUGAAACGCAAUUUCUACUUAGUGAUCAAAUUUUUAUUAAAACACUUGUACCACCUACGAAAACGGUAUGCCUCUGGCUGGGUGCUAGUGUAAUGUUGGAAUAUCCACUAGACGAGGCCGAGGAGCUUUUGAAGCAAAAUAUGAACUCUGCAGUUGUAAAUCUCAAAACGGUAGAGCAUGACCAAGAUUUUCUUCGGGAUCAGUUGACUACCACCGAAGUAAAUAUGGCUCGAGUUUAUAAUUGGGGUGUGAAAAAACGGCAAGCUGCUGCAAAAACUACCUCUACCACUUCAUAAUUCGUGAAAUUAUAAAAGAAGAUUUAUUAAUAAAAACAAAAAAAAACUUGGUGCGCAAUAUUCAUCUUUAUAAGAUUUCAAUUCAAACCAGUUAAUUAAUCUAACAUGUAUACCUUUAAGAGUCAUACUAUUUGCUUUAAUUAAAUUUGAUGGUUUCGUAAACGCACUAAUGCAAAGCAUCAACGUGGGAUUCCAACUAAAUUGCGCAAAUUACUACCAGUUAGAUUAAAAAAUAAAAGAGCGUGACGCUUUGCAUUAAUGCGUUUAUGAAGUCAACCAUUUUUUUUAAUUUUUUUAAGCUUUAUUCUCUGUUAAAUACACUCUAUGAAGUUAUUGAAAGCGUA